UUUCUUUUUAACAAAUUUGAUGAUGUAACCGAGAUCAACUGUCCCUCUGAUUUGUGAUCAUGGUCGUCACAUUGAACGCCUUUGGGGCCGCCGGUUUCCCGCAGAUCAUUGAAGCCCUUCAGAGGUUGCAGGACAACCCGGAGCUUCUUACCCGCGAGCGAUCGAUGUUUAACGACCCUCCACCGCCGUACAGAUCGGUCGAGACGACACGGCCUCCUAGCCCUUUUCGCCAUCUCUCUAAAGCUGAUCGACGCUUGCAGCGCAGAGAAGAACGCCUAAACUCUGUACCAACACGGCAAUUUAUGUUUCAAUGCAGUUUAGAGAAGGAGCGUAUAAUAGAUCAAAUUCACAGAAGAUUUGUGAGACGGAAAGAAACGUUGCCUUACACCAUAGGGGAGGAUUUCGACACGACCUCAGAGAAAAAUGUAAAAAAUCGGUGGAUAGAGCAAGGGAUAUGGAAUGACAAGUGGCCGCGAUGGGCUAGGGGGGCGAGCUGGAAACAUGAAGAGUCUCCCGAGCCUGAGCCAUCAGACCCACUGGACCCAAGGCCGAAAAUUGUUAGUGAGGAACGUAGGGCUGCACACGAACGUGACACGCGGGCUUCCCGCCCCUACUAUCAAUUUCUUUAUCAGAUAUCCAAAGAGCGCGAGUGGCUUGAAGACGAACCAGACAGUGGACGCACUGAUAUCGAUGUCCAAGCCUACGAAAACGUUAAGAAUCGCUGGCUCACGCAAAAGAUCUGGAAUCCGCAGUGGGGCAAUGAUGUGCCAGGGAUGACCUGGAUUCACGAAGAGCCCGAUGAUGAAGAUUCCGAGCAAUCAGACAACCCUCCUGCCAGCGAAUCUGUGGCUAACAAUGCUGUAGAAAGUGACGACCGUCCUGUUUGCCGCUACAGGUACCGCUCACAUGGGUUUGGUUUAGUCCAGAUCCCUUCCGCGUCCCCGGAACCAACAGGGGAGGCUGGACUUUCCUUAUCUUCUAGGACAAUGGAGGGCACCAACGGAGACGCCUUCACAGAUGAAAAUGCAUCUAACCUACCCAGCUCUGUACCCCAGAGCCCUAAAAAUACAAAGGAACCUCAAGAAUCUUCACACCUCGCUCCUGGUCCAAAUGGUACUUCAAAUGUUAGAAAGCGUGCUACUCGAGAUUCUCCAGAUCCUGCAGAUUUGGCAUCAUUCCAAUCAAGGAAGCGGCUCCAUUCUAUGUUUAGGCCAGCUAGUGCGCCCCAGAGUCCGGUACCUCAUGCAACAGGAAGCUUACUAGGAGAAAAUGAGGAUGCUGAACCAUCUCUAUCUCUAUCUACUUUGCCAUUGUGUUGUAUAGUUCUGGAUGAAAGAUCGGGAGAUGAUCGACAGCCACCGUUUCCAAAUUCCAAAAUAAGUACACGAUCUAGAACAAAUAAACGCUCAGCGUCUUGCGAGGCUUCAGUUGAUGGCAACAAAAUUCCACAGUUAAACUCAGGGCGGAAACGGCGUGCGGGCUCGGAAACGCCUACUGCUUCGCGUAAACCACCGGUGGUUUCGAAGAACAACCCUUCCUGCCGGCCUCGCUCCAGUGGGUAAUUCGCAUGGUUUUAUUUGAAAAAACCAGAUACUGUCACUCCCAUGUUAUAUUGCCAGAAUGAAAAAUAGCCCUGAAAAGGUGCAACCACAGACAUCAAUCCCACGGGGGAGGUUUGUGUUUUCUAAAUGCUCUGGUCGCCAUUUCGUACAAUGGCGAUGAUAGUUCUCAACGGCUCAAUUCAUUCAGCUGGUGAAUCUAGUACCCAGCCCCAUUUUCCUCAAGCCUAUUUCUAAUUGCGUGACGUUCGUGGCGAUCAUUCAACCGCCUUGCCCAUCCGUCAUCAACAUCCGACUCGCAUCCUCGGCGCCCACCCCUUCCCAUCCCAACUUAACCCCCUCCCGACUCACAAUC